GCAAGAGAAGUCAGGCCACCCUCCAGAAGUAAAAUGCUAAAAAACAAUAACCUCUCUUUUCUAUGGUACUUUUCUUCCGUGUUGGUUUACCUUUAGGGCUUCAAGUGGAAUCAGUUCUAUUCAUGGCAGAAGCAAGCAAAGCCUACCAACAGAAGCAGAAAAUGCCAGGAGACAGGAAGAUUGGGGUGGCGAUGGACUUCUCCAACAGCAGCAAGAACGCUCUGAAAUGGGCUAUUGAUAACUUGGCGGACAAAAGUGACACUCUGUACAUCGUCCACAUCAACCCUAACUCUCUUCACGAGGAUCGUAACAAUCUUUGGGCCACAUCUGGUGCUCCUCUUAUCCCUUUGUCAGAGUUCAGGGAACCGGAGAUCAUGAAGAAGUACGAUGUCAAAACUGAUAUGGAAGUUCUUGACACGCUUGACACUGCUUCCAGACAGAAACAGAUCACGGUCGUUACGAAACUGUAUUGGGGAGACGCAAGAGAAAAGCUUCUUGACGCUAUUGAAGAUCUGAAGCUGGACUCUGUGGUUAUGGGAAGCAGAGGACUUGGUACCAUCAAAAGGAUUCUGUUAGGGAGCGUGAGCAACCAUGUGAUUACACAUGCUGCUUGUCCUGUCACCAUUGUCAAGGAUUCAAGCUUCAGCAAGCAUGAAUGAGUAACUUACAACUCUGAUCUAUAAAUAAUUCAGUUGGCAACGUGAGUGCCCAUCAGUUUGCUUGCUUGAACCGGCUUUGUUGUUUAAUUUGAUUGUCAUAAUACUUUUACGUUUGGAACAUUGGCUUCCCAGAAUAAAUAUAGUUGAUUUCCUAAGUCAGGACUGUUCUAGAGAUCGAUCUGGGUUAUUAAACAUCUUUGUCUUAU